AUGUCUGAAGUAAAUAGCGCUACAGUAUCCACAACGACUAUUUUAACAAGUACAACUGAAGCAUCUGAUGAUGAUUGGAAUGGUGAUAAAACAGGUACCAUUGUGGUUAUUUUACUGGUUAUACUUAUUAGUCUCAUUAUUGCUGGCUAUAUUGGCUAUCGUAAAUUGAAAGAACGACGUCGCAGUCAUGGCGAAUAUCGGCCACAGUUUGAGGAAUAUCAACAUGCUAAAAAUUUGCCUUAUUUACAGCCUCCCAGUAUCGAAGGACUUAUUUAA